AUGGCCGUAGAUCCGGAUGAUGCCGAGAUGCAUAAACGGCUUAGGGAGUCUCAGGCGCAGAUGGCUGGGAAGGGGGUUGCCAGGCAAGCAAGUAGGAAGCAUCCUAGAGAUGAUGAUGAAGGCAUGGUUGUCGAUGUGCUGGGAAAGAAGAGAGCACUGGAGGAAGCUCACCGGAGUGUGAUGGGAACAGGGCCGAGGCUUCCUCCCUUUGACCUGCAGGCGCCGCCGAAGCUCCCUUUCAGUAUGGAGGACGUUUAUGCUGAGGGGGUGGAGAAGAUGGACUUCUCCAGGCUGCAUCAGCAGAAGAAAGAGGUGAACUUGGCCAUGCAUCGGAGGGAGGUUCCCUUGGUGAACGUCUUCCUGGAAGGCGUGAAGUGUGACCCUGAGGUUCUGGCGAGGACACCGGCCACUUCCUAUGCAGAUCAGGCCUAG